CUUCCUGCUCUUGCUUCUUUGCCUCGCACACCACACCAUUAUCGCGCACACGCCCCACCCCACGCAAGCCAAGCAUCACCCAUCUCACCACCACCCACCGUUGGUGCUUGUGUGCCUUGGUUAGCAAGCCAACCCGCGACACGGGACACGAGACACUGACCGUCUCUUUGUUCCCUCCUCGUUUCGUGAGCUGUGAGCUGUGCCCUCUGUGGGUGUUCUUUGCCAACCCCGACCGAAGAUGCCAGCCUCAAAGGUGCUGGGAUCCAGUGCCGUUUUGGCCACGCUCGUGGUCGCUGUCCUGAUGGCGUCAGCCUCCUUGACGUCUGCACAAGGCAUCUGCUCAUCUCUUGAUGAUGCCCAAGAGGUGCGCACUGUGAAUGAUGUCGACUCCACGAACCCCGUGCUGUGGAAUGACACUGCCACCUGGAGCGUGGGCCGAUCCCCAUGCACCUGCGAACGCGCUCUCAUCACGCGCAACGUCGAGGUUCAGCCGGCCGUUGAGGCUCGCGUGUCUCGCUUGACGCUUUCGCGCAAGACGCGCGUCAACUUAAAGCGCAAGGGCCGCCUUGUCUUCAGCAGGAAGCAGCGCGAGGAGCCCUGCCCCGUCAUUGAGACAUUUGACGUGCUCGACCUCACCUCCACCACCUUCAAGGCCAAGUGGCAGCCCAGCACGGACGCUGGCAACCUGUGGGUGGAGGGCGACACCACGCCCAAGAGCGUAUCUGGCACACAGUGGACGGGCCGCGUGCCACUCAACGCGGACGGCAGCACGACGUUCACGUUUGAGGUGACGAGCGUCACCGUCAACGACACCGUCACCGCCCGCAGGGUUGUUACCGUGGACAGGGAGGCGCCUGUUGUGUGGGAGCGGCGCGAGACGGGCAAUUGGAACGUCAGCGGCAACUGGAUUGGCGGCGCCGUGCCGUGUGCAGACCAGCACGCGCGCACGUCGCUGUAUCCCAACGGGUCGUGGUACGAGAUCCGCACCUCUGGGGAGACGGUGGUGCGGAGCUUCACCCUGCAGCCAAAGUCUGGCCUGCGCAUUGGCAAGAACUCUGCGUUUGUCAUUACGCGCAACGCGUCACGCUUUGCUGACAGCAACAGCGGGGGCGGGUCCUGCUCCCACGCCCUGCAGACCAGCACUCUUCCAAGGACCACCACGACAACCACGACAACAACGACAACAACGACAACAACGACUACCACAACGACAAUCGCAAUCCCACCGUCCACUUCGGCAACCGUUGUUGGCACGACAACCAAUCCGGGUGGCGGGUUCACGACAACGGGCGGAGCGGGAAGCACUGGAGGCCCUGGGAGCAGCCGCAGCACACGACCCGCCCACCUGUCAACCAGCAGCACCGUCUCGCCAACAAUUACCAUCCAGGAGCCCUCUGCCAGCACGAGCAUCGUGCCCAUUGCAGCUGGUGGCGGCGGCGGCGCGCUGCUGCUGAUUCUGCUGAUUAUUGUCAUCAUCAGCCGUCGUCGGGGCAAGAAGGUUGCCGUUGGUAAGUACGAUGAGCUGGACAUGUCUCUUCUCGAUAUGCACGACGCCCCCUUUUCCUCCUUCUACGGCCCCGUCAAACUCGCCCAGCACGAGGGUCGCCAGCUGUGGUGCUUCUCUCUCCGCCCCGGCGCUGGGACGCUGCUCACGGAAUCGCUCCGAAAGGACAUCCGCCUGUUUGAGAAGCUUCAAGCGCGCGUGGUGCCGGACUCAAUCCUGGCUGCUGCGCACUGCGACCUGCGGGGUUCGCUGCUGGUGCUGCCGGCGCCGACGGUCGCCCUUGACGAGCGGCUUCGCGCAUGCCGCGCCAAGGACAACUCGCGCCCAGAGGGCAUUUCGCAUGCUGAGCGGCUGCGCAUCGCGACGCAGGUUGCCAGCGGCCUCGUCUGGCUCCACAAGCAAAACCUCGUCCACUCCUCCCCGCGCGCUGGCAACGUCAUCCUCACGGGCGCGGACCCCAACUGGAAGCUGUCGUGUGUUGAGCACGAUGCAGUGUCGAUUGCAGAGGCCCACCCCGAUGGCGACUUCCUGCUCCGCUGGUGCGCCCCGGAGAUUAUUGGCGACACAGCAUACCCGCACCACCCGUCGUGCGAUGUGUGGUCGUUUGGCAUUCUCUUCUGGGAGGUGCUUUCUCUCGGCGCAACGCCGUAUAUGAACAAGGAAGUGAAGGGCACGAUCCGGCGUGGCAACCACCCCCGCCCGAUUCCAACCGCUCCCCGCGACCUCUUCCGUGUCAUCAAGCAGUGCUGCAUCAACCCGGCCUCUGCCCGCCCCAAAAUGCUUGAGGUGCAUCAGCUGUGCCAGCGUGCAGCCGACACAGCCAGCAAUUCCCCUCAGACUGUGGACGUGAACCAGUACCUGCCCUUCAUCCCUUCUCUGCGCCAGCCGAUGCAAACGAACAGCGUCUACAUGGAGCCGGACACUCGCGGAGGCGUGCAAGAGACUGUCUUGCCAUCGCACGCUUGGGACUCUGCGACAUACGACGUUGGCCGCCCGCAGCAGCCAGGCGCAACACCGUCGCACACGUGGGAUGCAGCGGAGUACGACGUUGCGCAGCAGCCGGAGGCGACGCGUUGGGAUCCGAACGCGUACGAUAUCCAGGAGCGCCGCCCCGACGAUAUCUACGCCACCGCCACCGUCGACGACAACUUUGACCCAUACGGACACACGCAGGCCUGAGCACUCGCUGUGUCGUUCUGCACGCUUGUCUCACGCAUGUGCACGUGUGUGUGUGUGUGUGUGUGUGUGUGUGUGUGUGUGUAUGCCUUGCUGCCGUUCCUCAUCAUCCAGCACACCAAGCCCUGUCGUGUGUGACGUCAUGUUCUCCCAUCCCCCUCAUUUCUGUUGUCCCUUGGCUCUCAUUUCUUCUUGUCUUGCCUGCCUAGUUGUCUUGCUCGUUUGUGCCGACGUUAUGGCCACCUUUGCUGCUCGGGGGUCUUAUCGUGUGUUGUAGAAGUGUGGCCUCGGCUCAUGUUGCUGCGUUCUGUUCCACAAGGCCCAUGUUGGGCGCUUUGUCUUUGCACACAUGUGCACAGUCACAUGCGCACCUUGCUCCCUUGCUCUUUCCCCUUUGCGUAUGCGCUUCCUGUCCUUCUUACCCUUGAAACGAAGAAGUGAGCCCGGCAAUGCAUUACAGUACAAGACAACUCC